AUGAGGCCCCUGGUGAACCAAAUCCUGCCCCGGUGUCGCGAGUUGCGAGCCCAAGUCGUCGAGGCUCGCAAGGUGGUGACUGAGAUCGUGGACAGGCGCCGCAAGGUAAAAGCUGCCUCCCGACUUGAAGGUCGCUCCUUGCCCGUGUUCAGCGACGCGGUCGAAUGGUGGGAGCAGGACAGCAAGGAUGAGGAUUCCGGCUACGACCCCGUAAUCGGUCAGCUUGUCCUGGCGCAAUCAUCCAUCCACACGACAACCGAUUUUUUCACCCAAGUAAUCGUCGAUGUUGCUGCACAUCCCGAGGUCAAACAUCCUCUUGUCCAGGAGGGGCAGCAGGCUACCGUCAAGUUAGGAAGGUCAAAAUCGGCUUUGUACGACAUGCGUUUGACGGAGAGUGUUUUGAAAGAGAGCCAACGCAUGAAGCCCAUCGCGCGUUAUGUACAGCUUUCGGACGGGACGUUGCUGCCCAAGGGUACAGUUCUCGGUGUCUCUGUGGAUAGAAUGUGGGAUGAGUCGGUCUACAAAAACCCUUACGAGUGGGACGGCUGGCGCUUUUACAGAAAGUACAAACAGUCCCCUGAUGCGAGGGACGUGUCCAUUGUCAACACUGGGCCUCACUAUCUGGCUUGGGGCCACGGAAAACUUGCGUGUGCUGGCCGCUUCUUUGUUGCACAGGAGGCGAAAGUGGCCCUGGCAUAUUUGCUGCUGAAGUACGACUGGGGGAUUGUCUCAUCGCCUGCGGAUACCAACUUCACCGAGUUUGGUGUCGUUCUGGCCUCUAAUCCAAAAGCGAGAAUCAGGGUUCGGAGGCGCGUGUAG